AUGAUUUGGUCUUUUCCAUCAGCAGCAUGCAUGGAAAGGCGUGCAAGUGCCGGUGAAGCUUUGCUGAAUGCCAGUGACUAUCAGCACCUGGGAUCGAGCUAUGCCAUGAGCGAACUUGUCACUUUACAUCGGAACUCCGUGACUAAUGCGCGGCUGCGAACUUCCAUCCCCAACAAUCUGACUAUUGAAGAAGAAGGCGAGAAAUAUUUGGAUCACUGCGGAUCGCUGAAACGCAAUACAGUUGACUGCUUACGAGGAACUGAAGGAAGGGAGUUUUAUCCUCCAGCUUUAUUCAGACGGUUCGCCGGAAGUCCUUAUGCAAAGCAGAAUGUCGCCCAACAACGUCGUCGAAGUUGGACUCCAACUAAUCAAAAUUUAUUCAUCAGUUCACAGCAACAGGCAUGCUUCGUUCUGUUUGUCUUUGGUAUUUAG